GCUCUAGUGUUUCCGGUAGCCUGCCGAGAGCAGCUGGGCCGAAACUCACCGCGCCCUCCUCAUCUUCAUCCGCAGCCUCCUCUACCGGGACAUUCCGCUCAUCGGGACCGGCUUCACUCGCCACGGAGUUCGGCAACUCAUUUUUCCGUCGUAUGAGAGAGACCGUUAGCGCUGACGGACGCGUUAAACCUCAGCAGAGACACAUAGCGAUGCUAGCAGGCUAACCGCGAGAAAUCAAAACAAUGUGUUUAUUUAUUACUCCCAGUUUAUUUAUACUCGUUUUAUAAAGUAAACUCGCUUUUUUAUGUAUGUUAUGUGUGUUAGUGACAGUAACACGUGUUGUUUAUAGGUUAACAGGAGAUUUUAGAGUUUGUUUGUUAUCUCUGUAUAAUAUAAGAGUCCGUGUCACAUUAGUGUGAAUUGAAGUGAAUGUCACUCAGUAGGGACAUUCAUGUGCACCUAGUGUUUUAAUAUAAUAAUGAUCAGAUCUGGAUAGUAAACAGGCUGAGGAGUUUUGUUUGUAAUCAGACUGAUCUAGGAACUUUAUCAGCUCGAUGACAAGCUGUAAAUCAGAGUUAUUGUACAGUAAAGCUCAGUCUGAGCUCGCCUUACAUUAAAGGUCCCGUCGGCUUUUUAAAAAUCAGCCAUGGCUCCGAAAAAGAGACCACAGCCCAUAGUUAUAACCGGAUCUGGAGAGGCACAGACGACCUCUACAUCCAUAGAUGCUGCGUCAGAAGCGAAUCUGGAGGCCCUGCAGAGGAAGCUAGAAGAGCUCGAUUUGGAUGAGCAGCAGAAGAAGCGUCUGGAAGCUUUUCUCACGCAGAAAGCCAAUCUGGGCGAACUGAAAGACGACGAUUUCCAGCAUAUCUGUGAGCUGGGAGCUGGAAACGGAGGUGUGGUUAAUAAAGUGUGCCACAAAACCUCUGGCCUCGUAAUGGCCCGGAAAUUAAUUCAUCUGGAGAUCAAGCCAGCCUUCAGGCAUCAGAUCAUCAGGGAGCUGCAGGUCCUGCAUGAGUGUAACUCUCCGUACAUCGUGGGUUUCUACGGGGCGUUUUACAGCGACGGGGAGAUUAGCAUCUGUAUGGAGAACAUGGAUGGAGGCUCUUUGGAUCAGGUUCUGAAAGAGGCUCGCAGAAUUCCAGAGGAGAUCUUGGGAAAAGUCAGCAUAGCCGUUUUAAGAGGACUCGCUUACCUUCGAGAAAAGCACCAGAUUAUUCACAGAGGUGUGUGUGUGUGUGUUCAGCCGGAGAGGUUGCAGGGCACUCAUUACUCGGUGCAGUCAGACGUGUGGAGUAUGGGUCUCUCUCUGGUGGAGCUGGCCAUCGGCCGUUAUCCCAUUCCUCCACCCGAUGCUAAGGAGCUGGAGGGCAUCUUCGGCAGGGCAGUGAUGGAUGUUAGGAAGGCAGAGACGCACAGUACGUCUGCUCGACCCAGACCCCCCGGCAGACCCGUCAGCCGUCACGGGCCCGUCAUGGCUAUAUUUGAGCUGCUAGAUUAUAUAGUCAAUGAGCCGCCUCCUAAACUCCCUCACGGCGUCUUCACUCCUGAUUUCCAGGACUUUGUGACCAAAUGUCUGAUUAAAAACCCUGCAGAUCGAGCGGACCUGAAGAUGCUGACGAAUCACACGUUUAUUAAGCGCUCCGAGGUGGAGGAGGUGGACUUCGCUGGCUGGUUGUGUAAAACAGUGGGGCUCAAUCAGCCCAGCACACCCACCCAAACAGCUGAAUGACACACACACACACACACACACACACACCUGACCGUCACAUGACCCACGACUCCCCUACAGAAUACAAACGUUUACAGCCUAUCUGAUGGAGCACCUGCAAAGCUGCUUGUUUUACACUGUUGUACACCUGGGUGAGUCUCAUGAGACAUGUACAUGACAUGAACAUUUCACACUCAAAACUGAGAAAUAAGUCAUACAUACACUACCGGUCAAAAGUUUGGGAUCAGAACGAUUUUUUAUGUUUUUU